UGCCGGUUUUGCAAGUGAUCCUUUUGAACAUAAGUAGCAGGACAACACGCUAAAAUGCCGAAAAAAAUGGGAAUUAACUCUAAGGCGGUCGAGGCCCGCGAGCGAAAGGCCGAAGCGAAAAAGGUCGCCAACGAUAAAGCUGCUAAAGCGGCGGAAGAUGCACUCUGGGUGGACGACGACAAGCAGUUGGCGAAGAAAAAGAAACAAAAAGAAGAUGAGGAAAAACGCAAAGCGGAAGCGGCUCGGAAGAAGGCUGAAACCAAAGCCCUGCUUGAGCAGGAAAUAAACUCCAUCAAGACGACGGCAAAGGUACCGGCAGCUAAGGUGACACGGUCCCAAAUCGAAUCGGAAGUUGAAAAACGCAAACGGGCGGCCGAAGCGUCGCAAGUAGCAGCUAGUAAACCAGCAGUGGUAACGAAGGAGCUGCCGAUAGAGGAGAACUUAAAUCGGGUCAUGGCGGACACGGAAGUUGCACAAACUAUUGACGAGGCUAUCGCGGUGCUUAGUGUUGGAGAUUCCUCCGCUGAUCGCCAUCCGGAAAAACGCAUGAAGGCAGCGUACAAAGCAUACGAGGAGGAAGAGCUGAAACGCUUGAAGCAGGAGAACCCUUCACUAAAGCUGUCGCAGCUGAAACAGAUGAUUUUCAAAAGCUGGCAGAAGGCACCAGAAAACCCGCUGAACCAGAACCGAGUUUGAGACUGUAAGCAUGCCCAUGGAUGGUAUGGUGAUAAACCUGUACGAGUGUUAUAAAUGCGAAUAGACGACAGGUUUUCUGUU